GAUAGAUAGUUGUACAGUUCAAAGUUCUGUUCUUUGGCCAUAUUCAUCCAUGGCGCUGUGUCAAUUCCCAGUGAAUCUCCACACUGUUUCAUCUUCAACAUCUUCUUCCUUCCAAUCUCCUCGUCCUCAGCCUCUCGUUUCCCAUGUAAAUUCUAAUUUCUGGAUUCCCAGACCCAGAUUUCAUAGCUUUAAUCACGCCACUCGGUUUAUUAACUUGAGUGCCACCGGAGCUGCAAUUGAUAUUGAGACUCACCGGAGGACGAAGAAGAGGAGGAAACCUAAACCGGGUUUCUUCGAAGAGAUUAGCGAUAAAUGGUCUUCCCGAAUCAGCCCUAAAAACAACAAUUUUCCUUGGCAGAAAAAGCCGGACGAGCAAAUUCAACAUCACGAAGAAGAAGAAGAAGAAGAUAAUCCGUCUUCUGGGUAUGGUGUAUCUGAUAAGAAAACCGAUUCCAAUCGCCGAUAUUCGGCGACUGAACCUUCGAGUUUCCCAAGGCCAAGUGGAGGAUACAUGUCUGCUCCAUGGGUUAAUACUAAAGAAGUGAAAUUUCCGUCAAGCUCCGAGCAGGAAAUUCGAAAUCCAAGCUUCGAUAAUGUUUUCAGUGUAGAUAGAUAUAGAAGGGAUAACGUUUCUGGUGAUAGAGCUGUAGAUGAUAUCGGUAGAGAAGCAAGAGAUUCAGAUUUAGAUAGUGAUGGUCAUAGAGGCCAAAGAGGGAUGAUAGGUUCUGGGAAAGAGAAUGGAGUAUGGAGAAGGAGGAAGAGUAAUACGGUAGAAGCAGAGAGAGUUGUACCAGAACAUGAGCUGAGAAGGCUUAGGAAUAUAGCUUUGAGAAUGGUUGAGAGAAUCAAAGUACGUUCUGCAGGAAUCACGCAGGCGCUCGUCGAAGCCAUUCACGAGAAGUGGGAGGUUGAUGAAGUCGUGAAGCUAAAAUUUAGUGAGCCCUUUUCUCUUAACAUGAAGAGAACUCACGAUAUCUUAGAGAAGAAAACCGGAGGAUUAGUGAUAUGGAGGUCAGGAAGCUCGGUCGUGCUGUACCGAGGAAUAAGCUACAAGCUCAAGUGUGUUCAGUCGUUUAUCAAACAGAACAAUCUCGAUACAAGCCCUGAGAUCCGUACGAAUGUAGUAGAGGCAAGGGAUUACACGCCGGAGGAUGCGAAUUACCCAAAGAAUGUACCUAAAGAACAGUUAUCCGAGCUAUGCGAAUUGAACGAUUUGCUGGACGAGCUUGGUCCAAGGUUUCAAGAUUGGACGGGGUGUGCUCCGUUGCCUGUUGAUGCAGACUUGCUUCCUCCAGUGGUAAUGGGGUAUAGGUGUCCGUUUAGGAUUCUUCCGCAAGGAGUGAAGCCUUGUUUGUCUAACACGGAAAUGACAGAAAUGCGUCGGCUCGCUAGGACAAGCCCACCACAUUUUGCUCUUGGGAGGAGCAGAGAGUUACAAGGUCUGGCUGAGGCAAUGGUUAAGCUAUGGGCUAAAAGCGCGAUUGCAAAAAUAGCAAUCAAACGCGGUGUGGAAAACACGCGGAAUGAGAGAAUGGCGGAAGAACUUAAGAGACUUACUCGCGGUGUACUUGUUUCAAGAAACAAAGAGUACAUUGUCUUCUACAGAGGCAAUGACUUCAUGCCUCCUGCGGUUGCAGAGGCAUUGACCGAGAGGCAAAAAGAGAUAACUGAAGUUCUUCAAACCAAAGAGGACCAAGCCCGGGAAACGGCUUCAACAAGAGCCACAUUCACAUCUCUGGCCAAAUCACCUAAAACCCAGUUGCUCGCUGGAACGCUGGCUGAGACUAUAGCUGCAAGUUCUCGGUGGGCACCAGAGGCAAGCAGUGUGGAUAUCGAAGAGUUAAAGAGAGAAUCAGCUGCCAUCAAAAGAGAUGCGUUGAUUAGAGAUCUCAACCUGAGACUUCUUUAUGCAAAGCAAAAGUUGAGAAAAGCUGAGAGGGCUUUAGCUAAAGUGCAGAAGGAUCUUGACCCAUCGGAUCUCCCAACUGAUUCCGAAAUAAUCACAGAAGAAGAGAGACUUCUUUUCCGGAGAAUUGGUUUGAGUAUGGAUCCUUUUCUUCUCGUAGGAAGGCGAGAAGUGUAUGAUGGUACCAUAGAGAAUAUGCAUUUACACUGGAAACAUCGGGAGCUCGUAAAAAUAAUCGUUAGAGGGAAAUCUCUUCCGCAAGUGAAGCACAUCGCUAUCUCUUUGGAGGCUGAGAGUGGAGGAAUAUUGGUAUCUGUUGAUAAAACCUUGAAAGGAUACGCGAUUAUACUCUAUCGCGGGAAGAACUAUCAGAUGCCAUUUCGGCUUAGGCCUUCUAACUUAUUGACAAGAAGAAAGGCUUUUGCUCGAUCCAUCGAGCUUCAAAGAAGAGAAGCACUGAAGCAUCAUGUUGCAGACCUAGAGGAACGGAUUGAGCUAUUGAAGACCGGACAGGUCGAGGAUAGAGAAACAUGCAAGAAAAGUGAUGGAGAGGAAGAGAACUUGUAUCUGAGAGUCGAUGAAUCUGAUUUUUCUUCUGACGAGGAUGAUGCUUCGGAAUGGGAAUCAGAAAACAAUGAAACUUUCUUAUCAUCGUCGGAAGAAGCCGGCGAAGAAACUUGAACCGAAAUUCUGACCGACGAGACCAAGACCGAGAUCCAGACAGAGUCAAGAGAGUUUGAGAAGAAUCAGGAACGGUACCAAGCCCUAAUCUCCACUCUUCCUCAGGAGGAAGGCUGGGGGCCUGAAGAUCCCCUGAUUCAAUACGGUGGUCACUGGUGGCUACAGUAUUUCCUUGAAGGUUGCCUUCACGCGCAAGACUUCUUUCAAGCGAGACCCAACGACUUCCUCGUCUGUAGCCACCCAAAGACCGGCACCACUUGGCUCAAAGCCCUGACUUUCGCCAUCGCCAAUCGAGCACGCUUCGACGAUUCCUCCAACCCUCUCCUAAAACGUAACCCUCACGAGUUUGUUCCUUUCAUCGAGUUGGAUUUCCCUUUCUUCCCUGAAGCAGACGUUGUCAACGACAAAGGAAACACUCUGUUUUCGACCCAUGUCCCACACGGGUCACUACCCGACUCGGUUGUGAAAUCGGGUUGUAAGAUGGUUUACAUCUGGAGAGAUCCGAAAGACACUUUCAUCUCCUUGUGGACAUUCAUCCAGAGGGAGAGGUCGGAACUUGGACCAGUUCCUCUCAACAAUCUUGACGAGUGUUUUGAUAUGUUCUGUCGAGGUCUGUCUGCGUAUGGUCCUUAUCUUGAUCAUGUCUUGUCGUAUUGGAAGGCUUACCAAGAGAAUCCAAAUCAGAUUUUGUUCCUCAAGUACGAGGAUAUGAGACCUGAUCCGUUGCCGUACGUGAAGAGAUUGGCCGAGUUCAUGGGCCAUGGAUUCACAGCUGAGGAAGAGGAGAAAGGGGUUGCUGAGAAGGUGGUGAAUCUUUGCAGCUUCGAGACGUUGAAGAAUCUUGAAGCUAACAAAGGUGAUAACAUGAGAGAGGAUCAUGCAGCUUAUUAUGCGAAUAGCACUUAUUUCAGGAAAGGAAAAGUUGGAGAUUGGGCCAAUUAUCUGACUCCGGAGAUGGCUGCUCGUAUCGAUGGGAUAACGCAAGAUAAAUUCAAGGGCACCGGUUUGCUUGAGCUUGGUAAAUGAUGAGGUGAUAUUGGAAGAAAACAAACUUGAAAGUAAAUUAUAAGCAUACAUAAGCUUUAGCAAAUGUAACCCGAAACUGAAUUAUCUUCAUUAUAGCUUGUACGGUUACAAGAUCAAACAAAGAGACGAAAAAACGGAGCAGAAAAGGCAGACAACAUGAGCAUAUUUUAAGCAUUCAUUUAUUCACGUUUCAUCUCAUUUGCUUAAAAGCAUGCACUCACAUAAAAAGUUUAUUAUCCAUACCAACUAAAUUAACACGUAUCACCAAAAUAAAGUUUGUUCAUACCAUCCAUUUCUUGCUUGAAUUCAACCAUUGCAUCUCUUGGCAACGUCAUCAUCACUUUAACUCCACCUUUCAUUGAUGGAUCCAACUCAGAAGGUUUCAAGAUCAUCCCUACAUGCAAUGCACUCCCACGUUCGGUCAACGGCCGCAGAUUCACAGGCUCAUUCCAACCAAAAUCCAUCGAUCCGAACCAACCAAUAUUCCUCCAGUCCGUCAAGAACAAUAGUCCGUCGCUUACCCCUUCGAAUCUCACAUCCUCCCUUAUCAAUCUCUCAGUGUUUUUCAGCUCUUCCUCGAGAUACAACUUGUCAUAGGCUGUUUUCUUGGCUUUCUUCACACGCUUCGCGAUGUCAGAGAUUGAUGCUUCUUCGAGUUCUCUCACGGUCAACUCCACAUAGACAUCUAUGUAUGCGUUACCAUAGAACCCUUGAGGAAGUGGCGGGUCUAGAACAUGUCGGAUUCCAACAGCUACGCCAAGGACAGUGAUCCCCUCAGGCUUUAGUUUUAGGGCUCGAGAUCUUGCUUUCCAUAUGCAAGAACUAAGUACUUCGUAAGUAGUGAAACUCUCUUUAUUGAACUCGCACUCUCUCAUCAAAGAGUCUUUAAGCCUCUUUAUGUUCGCAGCCCGAAUGUUGAUGAUCUCCGUCACCUGAUCUUUAGUUGGAAUAUAUGGUGAGGUGGCCAAGAGACUAGCAAUGUCGCCGCCAGGCACUUUGGCCGGUUCAUUAUCAUAUUUUCCGACCAACCGCUCUCUCUGCCACACCGGCAUCACCGAUGGCUCGCUCUUUCCUGCAGCCAACUCGGUUAAAGCAUGGAUGAUCUGAGCCACACCGAAUCCAUCACACACGGCGUGCGUCAAUGCGGUGCCAAUGGUGAACCCUCCGCACGCAAACUUGGUCACCUAACAAAACUAGUGGAUGAUAACCAACGUUGCUAUCAUAGUCUAUUUCAAUAUCAGGCACAAGGCGCAAAGCAACUUGGUCAUCGAGGUCUUCUAUAUAGUUUAGAGAGGAGAUGUCGAUAGAUGUGGUAGCGACCUCAAAUGGAACUCCCUCGCCCCCCAAAACAAGCUGAAGUUUUCGAUCACUCUCUAGUCUCAUUAGCUUGCCUGAAAGGGGAUAGUAGUACACAAGAAGUUCGGACAGAGCCUUCCUAAGCAAAGAGACAGGAUCGUUUUGGUUCUUUUCAUUGGCUUUGAAAACGUAAAUCGUUGCGUACAUAACUUCAUUGAACAGAUCGUUGUCUAAAGUAGAAAGGGAGAGAAUUUCAGAAGGAGUGUGUUUUGAGGGUUUAACAAGCUCAACUGGUUUCUUUUCGAGUAAUAGAGGAAGGUUCGGUCUUGUUUUGUUUGCCAUCGCUAACCAAGUUUAAUAUGUAUCAUAUAAUGUCUCCAUAUG